AUGGCUUUCAAUGGAACUCUACUCUUUGCAGUUACUUUAUUUUGCUUAUUAAUACUUCUUAAUACCGGUGUAGAAGGUUCGUGCAGUGCAUGGUCACCGGAGUUCGGACGAAUUGCUAAUGGCCAAUGUCGUGCAUUAUGUUUUGCUCAUGAACGAAACGCUGGAAGAUUAUCAUGCGGGACAAAAUGGUGUUGCCUCUCACGUAUUUAA